CAGCGAUGGUUUAAUUUCGCUUCCUCUGCUACGUUGAGAAUAUCCAUCUCUGAAGAAAUACCAUUUUUAAGUAUACCCAUUCCCUCCAGUCUCUUCUCCUUCAAUCUCUCGAGAUUCCUUUUCCUUCGCAAGGUCGCAGAAGAUGUUUUGUGUUUGAUUUUGUAGCUUUUAUUCUCUUAUCUGGGAGUUCAAUUUAAAAACCUCCCAAAUGGGGGACUCGGAGGAAGCCCAACUCAUCCCUGUGGAAGAAAUUGGAGAAACAAAAGAAAAACCAGAAAUAAGACCACAAGAUGGUUCAAAGAAACAGGAUAGCAGCGAUGAUCAGAACUCCCCAAGAGGGGUAUUGGAGAUCCCAGUGUUGGGUGGGGACUCUGAUCACAGUACCUGCAGCAGUUGUUGCUCUUCUUCCAACGACAAAUCGACAGUUCAUCAAGAGCUGGUACGCGAGACCCAUCGGUCACACUGGAAGAGUUUGUUUGGUGCUCUGAAGAAGAAGUCAGUCAGAAGAUUCUCUACGAUCCCGUCGCUGGCUGGUCACGAACUCUCAAGGAUAAGUUUACGAAGGAAAUUGGCUCGAAUUCGCAGUGCUGAAGAUCCAAUUUCUGUUGAAGGUAUGCCGGUGCCAAAGCCAUCAUGGCGGAGCUUCGAUUACGCCGAGCUCGCCGCUGCUACUGAUAAUUUUAGCUCCGAGAAUUUGAUUGGGAAAGGGGGACAUGCAGAAGUAUACAGAGGGUGCUUAUCUGAUGGUCAACUUGUUGCAGUCAAGAAGCUAAUGAAGAAAGAGAAGGAAGAUGAGGAGAGAACCGGAGAUUUCUUAUCAGAGCUUGGAAUUAUUGCACAUAUUGACCACCCAAAUGCUGCUCGAUUGAUUGGGUUUGGUGUUGAUGGUGGUUUGCACCUUGUCCUCCAAUUCUCUCCUCAAGGGAGCCUUGCUUCUGUUCUCCACGGUACAACAGAAAGUCUAGAAUGGAAGAUAAGGUUUAAGGUGGCUGUAGGGGUAGCAGAAGGAUUGCAGUAUCUCCACCAAGGCUGCCACAGGCGCAUAAUUCACAGAGACAUCAAAGCUUCUAACAUAUUACUCACCCAAGAUUACCAACCUCAGAUUUCUGAUUUUGGACUAGCGAAGUGGCUUCCAGACAAAUGGGCUCACCAUGUUGUCUUCCCUAUUGAAGGCACAUUCGGGUAUUUGGCCCCCGAGUAUUUUAUGCAUGGGAUUGUUGAUGAAAAGACCGAUGUUUUUGCAUUUGGGGUUUUAUUAUUAGAGCUCAUAACAGGUCGUCAUGCAGUUGAUUCAUCUCGACAGAGCCUGGUGAUUUGGGCAAAGCCACUGCUGGAUGCAAAUGAUGUUAAAGAACUAGCAGAUUCUCGGUUGGGAGAUUGCUAUGAUCUUGGAGAAAUGAAGCGAGCCAUGCUGACAGCCUCAAUGUGCAUUCAUCACUCAUCCUCCAUGCGUCCAGAAAUGAACCGGGUUGUGCAGCUACUGAGGGGAGAGGGCAAAUCACCAGAACCAAAGCAGAAGUCCAAUGUGGGGAGAGCCCUCAUUUUAGAUGACUCUGACUUGGCAGACUAUACCCCUACUAGCUAUCUGAGGGAUCUCAAUCGCCAUAUGGAGCUGGUUCUGGAAUGACCCCUUGGUGCAUACCUUCUUCACCAUUGUUGUUGCUGCUGCUUUUGUGCAGUUAUCAGUGUGAAAGUUUAGAAUGGUGUGGCCCUACAAUAUAUGCCACACCAGUUAAGAUAGAAUUAAGUCUUAGCAUCCCAAAACCAAAAAGUUGUAUUGGUUUUCCUAGGGGAUGUAUUGUUGUGUAGAGAAGACUAGCCGAGGAAGCAUAUGAACAAUGCACAAGCAUAUAAGAGAAGAAGCAUAUGCGGAUGGUGUGUAGUUGUAUUGCAUACAGAUUAGAAAUUUUAUGUUUAUUUGCUAUGCUUCUCGGUCAUCCAUCAUGGUUGUAAAUAUUUGUGAUUGUCAAGUGAGAAACUGACCUACUCAGGAUGGGUAUACAAUGAAGAUUUAGGGACUAAAAGAAAUUGAAGAAAAGAUGUUAGCUUCACGAACCAA